AUGUCAAAUUCAAGAAGCGAAGAGUCAGUAACAGGAAAAAAAAAUUAUAUUUCAAAAUCUGAUAAUAAUUCAAUACAAGAAUCCCAAAUUAGAAUUCUUUCUGCUAAAGAAUUGCCAAAUAUAGCUACUAAACCUAAUGCAAUUAUCUUGAGUCAUCAAGUAUUAGAAGAAAUGCUAGAGAAAAAUGAGCAUGCAUCAAGUAUGUUUGAAAGUGUUUCUAAUUCAUGGAAGAAAACCGAUGAGUCUGUAUUGGCAUAUAACCGAAAUAAUAGUAAUAAUAGUUUGUAUCGGCCAAAUAUAAUUUCCGAAGCAUCGUUACAGAACAUUAACAAACUUAAAAAACCAAGAAAUGGUUAUAUGAUUUAUAUGAAUGAAGUUUAUGAAACUGUAAAAUCUCAACAUCCAGAAUUAAAAUUUGGUGAACUUUCUACAUUCAUUGGACGUCAGUGGAAAAGUUUAUCAAAAGAAAAACAACAGCCAUAUCAUGAUAGACAUGAAAAAGAAAAGAUUGCAUAUGACAAUGCAAAGGUUGCAAUGGGAACAUCUAAAUUGCAUAUUGUAGAGGAAAGUAUCGAUGAUAUAAUGGCAAAGAAAUCAGCUAUUUCUGCUUUCUCUAAUGCUUCUUUCGCUGCUUUUACCUCUUCCUCUCCAACUCCACCACCACUACAAUCAUUGCAAAUGCCACCACCACCACUCAAAUCACAAUUAUUGUCGAUAAUAUUCAACGAAAAUAAUGAUCAGUCUUCAUUAUCAAUGAGGACGUCUACUGCUCUUACAGCCACUACUAGUACAUCAUCAAUGGAAAUUGCUCAUUCAACAACAAAAAAUAAAUGGCAUCUUCCUAUUGAAGGAACUUUUACAUCACCGGGUGGUGAUCAAUCACCAACCUCAAAUAACCCGGAGGUCCCCCCAUCCAAAGUAAAAAAGCUGUAA